AUUGCUCCACCAGAGAGAAAGUACUCUGUCUGGAUCGGAGGUUCAAUUCUUGCCUCAUUGUCCACUUUCCAGAACAUGUGGAUCACCAAGGAAGAGUACGACGAGUCUGGCCCAGCCAUCGUCCACAGAAAGUGCUUCUAA